GAUAAUUCAAUUGACCCAGCUGAUGUGAGAAGCUUAGUUGGCUGCUUCACGCUUGUUCUACACAAGCUUGGCAGGGUCUCGAAUAAUUCAUAAUUACAUAUAUAUAUAUAUUUCGGGGAUUAAAACAGGAAAAGGAAAAGGGGUCCUGGAAAUAUAUACCGGCGUCUGUUAUCGUUUUCACUUCUUACCUUCUCGUCAAGUUUUCCUUUUUUAACGAAGAUCACACCCUAUUUUUCUAUCCUUCUGCUUUCCACGAAAACAAGGUACCGAAUUUAUAUAUAUAUAUAUAUAUAUAUAUAUAUAUAUAUAUAUAUAUUAAGUAUCGGUCGUGGUCAGUAUUGUGAAAUAUUGUCAGUAUAAAAUAUCAGUCAAGGGAGGAGAAUGGAGAACAGAGUUUUUGGUCGAGAGAAUCUCUCUUAAAAGGGUAAAGGUUGUCGUCUUAUCCCACUUGUAGUAGUGGGAACGGUGAUGUAAUUUCUUUAAAAAAAAGGACGAGAAAGGAUUAAAAAAAAAGACCCUUCGUUGUUAAGUUCUCUAUCGGAAAAAAAACGAAAGAAAAAGAAAAACAAGAACCGUUGAUAGAUUCACAGUCAAGGUGACAACCAGACUGGAAACUGAAUGGAAAAAAGUCUCCUUUUUAUUUCAGUUCGGAGCAAAAUCGAGAGACAAAAAAAACAGACUUUCCCCCUCAAUGGUUAAUUUUCCUCGUCAACAGAAGAACCUGAAUUAAUAUUAUAUAUAAAUAUAUAUAUAUAAAGCUUCCUAAGAACAAUUUUUCAAUUGUUCUAACUUUAUAUUUAUCUCCAAGAUUGACUGACGAAAUAUCCAGGUGGGAUAUCUGAUGAAACAACUGUCACACCAGCUGUAUAGUUUGAAUGAGAAAAUUUAAAUUUACUCUUCAUUGAAUCGCAGUAUACAGUGGAACGAAAUCAAAACGUUUAAUUAAAUAUAAUUAAUUAAUUAAUUUUUAUUUAAAAUUCCACAAAAAAAAAAAAAAAACAUCCGUGAUUGUCUGAAAGAGUUGAAAUUUUACUGAAAGAAUUAUUUUUGUGAGACGUUUGUCUCUGUUACCAGCUACACCGUAAUUUCAUCGCUUAUUUUUGCUUCUUCGUAUCUCGUGGUGUUUUCUCUUCCCAAUUAUUUCCACAAUGCAGAGUAUGAUAAAUGCUGUAAAGGGGACGGCCCUUGGAGUUGCAGGAUACCUGACACCUGUUCUAAAGGAAUCCAAAUUCAAAGAAACUGGCGUUGUAACUCCUGAAGAGUUUGUUGCAGCUGGAGAUCAUUUGGUCCACCACUGUCCAACAUGGCAGUGGUCAUCUGGAGACGAGGCGAAACAUAAACCUUAUCUGCCAAAAGACAAGCAGUUCCUCAUCACAAGAAAUGUUCCUUGCUACAAACGUGUUAAACAGGUUGAUAACCAUUCAGAAGAGACAGAGAAGAUUCUUGAUGAAGAUGAUGAUGACGGCGGAUGGGUGGACACCCAUCAUUAUGCAGAUUCCACAGUAUCAUCGGCAGCAGAAGCCAUUGCUGACAUGAGGUUAGAUUCACAGAUAUCUUCAAAAAUUGGUCCGCCAAAUACCAGUGGUGUGGACGAUGAUGAUGACGACGAUGAUGAAGAAGCUGAAGAUAUGGAAGCGUUUGAACAGAGUGGAAUGUUGGAAGACCAAGAUAAUGCCACAAUUGAGAUUCGACCAACUGUUCCCGGCAGUGAAGGAACCUUAUCGGGCGAGAAUGGAGUUUUACAAACUCGUACAUAUGAUCUUAACAUUACUUAUGAUAAAUAUUACCAAACUCCACGGCUCUGGCUCUAUGGCUACGAUGAGAAUAGAAAACCUUUGACUGUGGAACAAAUGUAUGAAGAUUUUAGUCAAGAUCACGCCAAAAAGACUGUUACUAUGGAAACGCAUCCUCAUUUACCAGGACCUCCAAUGGCUUCAGUUCAUCCUUGCAGACAUGCGGAAGUGAUGAAAAAGAUAAUCGAAACAGUAGCAGAAGGCGGCGGUGACCUCAGUGUUCACAUGUAUCUAUUAAUCUUUCUAAAAUUUGUCCAGGCAAUAAUUCCCACCAUCGAAUACGACUACACACAACACUUCACAAUGUGAUGCAAUCAAGUACAUCAGUAUUAGCUGUUUACAGCAGACUCAGCUCUUCUUUAUGUUUUAAUUUCCCUCCCAGCUGCUCGACCAACCAACAGAUUGGACUUUGAAGAAGUCAGCAGCGGCCAGCAAUUUUGGGUACUGCUGCUGCUACCAUGCCCCGUAGUGACCAACAAGACUCUAGGGACCACUCAGCUUGUGCUCUCAAACAUUUUCCUUUUUUUUUUUUUUUAGGAUGGUUUUUUUCCUUUUUUUUUUUUUACCUGAGACUACACACAAACACCUUAUAUAUA